UCCAAACCUACCUCCAAGCUUCUCCGCAACAACAAAUGCAAAUGCGAUACUUGCUAGCCGCGCAGCAACGACGUGCAGCCAUGGGUGGCCGUUGUGGCGGUACUACUACUAGUAGUAGAGGAGAAUGUACAAAUCCCCAGCAACAGCAGCAGCAACAGCAACAGCCACAGCAAGCGAGUAGUAGAUCAAUGAGCAAUAGCGGCGACAGUAACAGUGGAAGCCGUAUAAAUCCCAUGCAGCAACAACAGCAACAAGCUCUAAGAGCAAUGCAAGGAGGUAAUAAUAGUUACACCUACGGCAUGCAUCCCCUAGCAGGCAUAACGACGGGUGGAUCUGGAUCUGGUGCUGGUGGAUACAAUUCCCCAACAAGCAUAAUCGGCGGUAGGAUGUUGAAUCCUUUUAUGAUGCAGCAGCAGCAGCAGCAGCGGCUACAGCAGCAGUGGCUACAGCAGCAGUGGCUACAAUUACAGGUAUUGUUGGCUGCUGCUAUGUAUGGAGAUGAGGGCGAUGAUGAGGAUGAGGAUGGCUAUUACUACUAAGGUAGUAGGGGUGGUUCGUUAUGAUUCCAGCAGCAGCAGCAGCAGAAUAUUGGA